CAAUAAAGGAGGAAUAGAAUGGAAAAUAUAUAAAGACAGACAGAGGCGAGAGAGAGAGAGAGAGAGUGAGAGAGAGAGAGAGCGCAAAACCACACGGCCAUGGUGCCACAGGGACCUCAGCUACUUCAGCACAAUCCACCAGCCGACCAUCAAUACCAUAACGUUGUUGACCAAGCUCUGCCACCACCUCCAGCUGCCUCCGCCGCUGUGAAUCUUUCCACCGUAGCAACCAUGGAAACAGACAAGGAGAUGUCGGCUUCUGCAGUUGAGGGUAAUGAUCCAGCCGCUGGUCACAUUAUCUCUACUAUGAUUGGAGGCAAAAAUGGCGAGCCCAAAAGGACAAUUAGUUUCAUGGCAGAGCGUGUUGUGGGUACAGGAUCAUUUGGAAUAGUUUUUCAGGCAAAAUGCUUGGAAACUGAAGAGACUGUGGCUAUAAAGAAGGUUUUACAGGAUAGGCGGUAUAAAAAUCGUGAGCUGCAGUUAAUGCGCUUGAUGGAUCAUCCCAAUGUAAUUUCUUUGAAGCACUGUUUCUUUUCUACAUCAAGCAGAGAUGAGCUUUUCCUUAAUUUAGUUAUGGAUUUUGUCCCCGAGAACAUGUACAAUAUCUUAGAGCAUUAUAGCAAUUCGAAUCAAAGGAUGCCGCUCAUCUAUGUCAAACUCUACGCGUAUCAGUUAUUUAGGGGGCUUGCAUAUCUCCAUACAGUUGCAGGGGUCUGUCAUAGGGAUAUAAAACCUCAAAAUCUUUUGGUUGAUCCUCUUACCCACCAGGUUAAGAUUUGUGACUUUGGAAGUGCUAAAGUUCUCGUGCCUGGUGAAGCUAAUAUAUCCUACAUUUGCUCUCGAUACUAUCGAGCCCCAGAACUCAUCUUUGGUGCAACAGAAUAUACGACAGCAAUUGAUAUUUGGUCUGCCGGUUGUGUCUUAGCUGAGCUGCUUUUAGGGCAGCCACUGUUUCCUGGAGAAAAUGCAGUUGGUCAGCUUGUAGAGAUUAUCAAGGUUCUUGGUACACCAACUCGAGAAGAAAUUCGAUGUAUGAAUCCAAGCUAUAAUGAUUUCAGGUUUCCCCAAAUUAAAGCGCAUCCAUGGCACAAGGUUUUCCAUAAGCAGAUGCCUCCUGAAGCCAUUGAUCUUGCCUCACGGUUACUUCAGUAUUCACCAAGUCUUCGCUGCACUGCGCUAGAAGCAUGUGCGCAUCCUUUCUUUGACGAGCUUCGGAAACCCAAUACCCGCCUCCCAAAUGGUCGCCCUUUUCCCCCUCUUUUUAACUUUAAACAGGAGUUGUCUGGAGCAUCACUUGAGUUGAUCUACCGGCUGAUUCCUGAGCAUGUUCAGAGACAAGCUAGUAUGAGUUUUCCACAUCCUGCUGGGACGUGAUUAUCGCUAUUGUACUUGUGGUGUUAAUGGGUAUGUAGCAAACAAAAGGCUCUUCAUAUUAUGAUCAAGUGUUUUGGCCAUAGUCUGUGGUUUUUGACGCCCCAAAAAUAUGUUAGCAUGUGAAAUGUUGUUCGGGUAAAUUGGAAAGUUCGAAUGUAUAGUAUGUUCAUUGAGUAAAACAAGUUUUCAUCGCUUCUGUAUAUUCUUUUUGGUGAAAAUGUAGCACAAAUGACUCUGUUAUGUUAAAACUGAGCAUAUUUCGUCAAGGAACGGAAGAUCCCUAUGGCUUUUGUGUAGUAUUUAUUGUUUUCACUU